GCCGCUGCAAGGACCACGCAUUAACUGCAGCCAACUGCACAACGGAUGAUCCACCCGCUAACAGCCCACUGAAGGUCGCCCGCCUUUGCACAUGCGCCCCGCCUCUGCGCCCGCUUGCCAGUGACCUUGAUUCGCUUACCGAGUGCCCCCCAACGUUUUUGCCCACCUUUUCGUCCUCUUCUUAUUUUCGUCGCUUGGACUUUUGCCUGGCAAUUCUUCACAAGUCUGGAUAUUCACUGGCCGGCUCCUAGGGUCGACUCUACAGCUUCUCGGAAAACAGAAACAUCUUACCAUCAAUACAAACCAACGCACACUCUGUUAAGCUAAGGUCUCCCUCCCGCCUUGCUUGCCUCUGGCGUCGCUCUCCAUCGCUCGCGUGAUCGAGACGCUACCAUGUCUCUGGAUCAUACUAGCUCCAGCUCUUCUCUACCUUUGAGAUCAGCUCUCAAGUCAGAGGAUGAUGUCGACCGAACUCCUCCUGGUAGCGGCACGCUAAAGGCUGUCCAGAUCGCCGAGCCCGAGGUCGACCUGCAAAAUGACGACGAUGCUCUCCAUGGCCCAAAGAUGUUCCGUGUCGGUUCCAGCAAACGCCUUAGUGGCAAGUUCGCACCUAGCUUCAGGUCGUCAGCGGAAAAUUCACCAGCAUUCCGACCUGUUGAUGACAGCUCGUCUCGCUCCCGGCACCAAGACGAUCGCCGCCAGUAUUAUAGUGAAAAGAUGCUUGCUCAGGUGAGCGAAUGGCUCGACCAUGAGCGUCGCAAAGCGUCCCAGCGUUCUAAGAAACCUCAUCACCGCCAACGCAAGUCCAUAUCGCCGCCCAAAGAGCCCAACUCUGUCGACCCGCCUUCGCCUACCACCAAAUAUCGCCCGCGAUCCGACUCUGUCGAUUCCCAAGGAAGCGAAAUGUCCCUUGAUAAGCUUCAGCAGAUUCUGGAAGACACCGUGGCGCACAUGGGUCUAAGCUCCAUCCCUCACUUCCCAUCCAAAGUGCCUCGACACAAGUUGCGAAGAAGAGGUUCCCUGCGAGCUGCUUCUUCGGAUACAGAUUACGUAGAUGGAGAUGCAAUAGUACCUAGUUGUGAUGCCUGGCUGGAUAACACUCUUACCAUCAAGUAUGCCGGCUCGAGCAAAUCAAACGAAGCUCCCGAAGAGGCUGCUGUCCGUACGCAGAAAGAAAAGGACGCCUGGCUGACAUUUAAGAACGAGAUUAUCCGUAUUGCACAUACUCUCCGACUCAAAGGAUGGCGCCGCGUCAGUCUUGAUGCAGGAGCGUCCAUAUAUGUUGAGAGGCUAAGCGGUGCUCUUACCAAUGCAGUCUAUGUCGUCAACCCACCUCCAAAUCUUCCAGAGGAGGAUGGUAAGAAGAUGCCACCAAAGAUUCUGCUUAGAAUCUAUGGACCUCAAGUUGAGCAUCUCAUUGACCGCGAGAAUGAGCUGCAAGUCUUGCAACGACUAGCUCGUAAGAAGAUCGGUCCGCGUCUACUGGGAACUUUCAAGAACGGCCGCUUCGAACAAUUCUUCAAUGCUAUUACUCUCGUUCCGUCUGAUUUGAGAGAACCUGAUACGUCGAAGCAGAUUGCCAAGCGUAUGCGAGAAUUGCACGAUGGUGUGGACUUGCUCUAUCAUGAACGAGAGAAUGGGCCAGGUGUGUGGCGCAAUUGGGACCAAUGGCUGGAGAACGUCGAUCGUAUUGUCACCUAUCUAGACCAAAACUACGAAGCUGGUAUGGAAGGUGUAGUUGUACGUAAUCCCGUGGCACACAACUGGAAAGCCAAUGGAUAUGUCUGCGGUUUGCCCUGGAAGAGAUUCCUCGAAGUGGUGGAGAAAUACCGAGUCCACAUGAAUGCAUUCUACAAGAACAAGAAAUCCAUCACUGAGCGCUUGGUAUUUGCUCAUAACGACACUCAAUACGGCAACAUUCUUCGUAUCAAGCCCGACGAUGAACGCUCUCCUCUUUUGCAGCCGGCAAACAAGCAUAAGCAGUUGGUUGUCAUUGAUUUUGAGUACGCAGCAGCGAAUACGGCUGGGCUCGAGUUUGCCAACCACUUUAGCGAGUGGACAUACAACUACCACGACCCUGUUACUUCUCACGUCUGUAACCAUAGCUGGUACCCAAAUCCCGAUGAGCAACGACGAUUCAUCAAAGCCUAUGUCGACCACCGCCCGCAAUUCCCACAAGCAAGCUCAACUCCACGCAUGGCUGCCCAGGACAGCAAUUCGUCGUCGGCAGGCACCACGCCUAUCCUCAAUGCUGUGCCAUCGAGCAGUUCCAUUGUUGACUUUAUGCUCGAUGCCCGCGCACCACCAGGCGGAUGGGGAGCAGCAGAGCGCGCUCGUGAGGAGCAAACCGAUCAACAAGUUUGCGAGUUGAUGGACGAAACAAGACUCUGGCGCCCUGUUAACAGUGCCAUGUGGGUUGCCUGGGGUGUGGUACAGGCCAAGAUUCCUGGCUUGGACGAUAACAAGAUGCCUGUAUCCCCCGAAGAGGCGGUCAAGGCAGAAGAGCAGUUGGGUCUGGACGAGUUUGAUUAUCUUUCUUACGCACAAUCUCGUGCCAUGUUCUUCUGGGGCGACUGUGUCUCGAUGGGCUUUAUCAAGUUGGAGGAGCUACCACAAGCAGUCCAAGACAACAUCAAAAUUGUCGACUACUAAAGCAUGUUUACGUGGCAAAAGCUACAAUCUAUUCAGUACUGUGUGACGAUCUCAAGUUUUUCCAGUUAAUGUAGCAAAAGAAUUAGGGUUUUGUUUAGUCUUUAUGUAUCUAUGAUAUACGAUUAUGUAAAUGUCUAGUCAAAAAAGUAUCUAUGCAUCUAGUUGUAACCUGUCCAGCAUGACGUCGAUCUUGUUGAGCAGUAGCUGGUAAUUGAUGGCGUCUGAAACGAACUCGUCCUCAGCAGCUUCACCAUCAAUCGUAACAGCUGCGCCGCCAUCUUGGUCCUCUACUGCAGUAUCAGUCGUUGGCUUCAGCGGCUGUGCCUCGUGUGAAUCGCUGUUUGCGCCAUUGACACCAUUUUGCCUUGCUGCUUCUUCGGCUAUGGCUGCAGCGGCAUCUGCAUUGAGCUCGCCUUCGUCGUCCAUCAUGUCCUCAAUACCCACAUCUUCGAAUCGCAGACGGAAACGCUCAGAUAAAUAGUAUCGGAUAUCGUCCAGAAGCUCGAUCGUGUCUGUUUCUUCACGCUUUUGUAGUCGGUCAGCACUUUCGCGGAUGAGCUCUUGGAACUCCGGCUCGUCAAUGUAAUCUUCCAAUCGAUGGGCCAGGUACCGCGCCGCGAAUUCUUCCAGGCGCUGCACGCGAAGGUCCCAUGCAGCAUGGAUAACGUCGUAGAUAUUGAUGGGCUCUACCUCAACGGUGAGACCUCCAUUGGCAUCCGCUUGCACAGUAUGGGUGCGGUCGACAAGAGCAUUCUUUUUACCGCUGCCAAGGGUGCUAAUAGCUACAGCGGCUUUGGCCUUGAGGUUAUCCAAAAAGAGCAUAUCAGCUGCAUAAAGAAGCUCGAGUGCAUGUUCAAGUGGACAUGCAGCACUUUCUGUGUAAAGAAAUGCCAAGACGAGUUCGAGGACCGGCGGGCUGCAGUCAACCGUGACUACACGAAGGUGAUCCGUCUUACGCGACUCAACAAAGUCACCGCUAAACAUGGUGGCAAAGUACUCACUGCGAGUCAGCAUCGCUUUAUGGGCCGGGUAGAGCACUGCUUUUCGAGACUUCUUUGCCGGCAGCUCAUCAGGUAGUAGUCCUACAGCGGGACCAAUAGGCAUUCCGUUACGCUCUGUUGGAGGUGUCGAUUCGCCUAGUUGAUCCGCCUCGUCUUCCACCGGUUCAUCGGCUCGUAGAAGCACAUCGGCGAAAAUGGAAUUAUCAUGGUUCCAUUUCACAUCAUCAGCGCGUUCAACGUCAACCACCAUCUUGUGGCCAACAACUUUGUCCUGGAAGAAGCUCUUCACCUGGCCAAGUGCUCGCUGAACUUCGUCCUCAUAUCUUUGGCGCGCCAGCCUACGAUCGUUGCCGCCUAAAAUUGCCUCCCAAAGUUGUUCGACCUCCAACUGCUUGCUGAUUUUAUCAAGACCUUUGAGCACAUCUUCUUCCGAGACGUGGCUGUUUGGUCCUACAAGCUCUCGGGGAAGAUCGCCGAGGUAUAUAAACCGCAGAACCACCUGCAAUGCUUCCACUGGAAUCGACGAUGCUAAUUUCCAUGUUAUUGUCUCUGGCUGGGCUUCCAACUUCUUUCUGAAAUACGGUGACCGGCAAGCGAGGAGGAAUUUAUGGAGGUUAAAUGAUUUGGUGUCGGCUGAGAGAGUAAUGUCGGACGUUGACGAGGCUGAUUGGCUCAUCAACGUAGUUAUAUGGGACGACCAGUAAACAAAUGGAUCGGAGCUCUUGGAAAAGUCGUAUUGGAGGAGGAGAUUGCGAAUGCGGUCGUUCAAUGCAUUGUAAAUGCAGCGCUCGCCUUGGAAUGUGUUUCUCUCGGCCAGGGCCCCUAUGACAAUGUUCGUAAAAACUAGAGCUGUCACUGGUCUAAAUAGAACUUACCGGAUUCUAGAAGAAGCUGAACCAGUUCAUAGUG